AUGGUACUAUACAUGCACUAUAGUUCUGGAAGUGACCAGGUCUUUUUGCACCCUGCUGGCAGCUUGGGAGAGGAAAGUCCUCGCAUCGCCGGCACACUGGUCAUGAGCCUUGUUCAGCCAACUAAGAUCGCAGCGAUCGAGGUCCAGCUUAAGGGGGUCAUGAAACGAAAAUGGGGAAGCUUGGAGUCCGUUAUCUACCAAAGCAGUUGGCGAUUAGCAGAGGCUUCGAUGUUCCAGACCUUGAUCUACGGCCCUGGGAGACAUGAAAUCCCCCUCAAUAUUGCUCUGGACCUGGGGGAACACAUGCGAGAGACGGUUGAGGCGGUUGAAGGCUAUUCAGUGACCUACUUGCUGACUGGCCGCGUGCUAAAAAGGUUCACAAAGGAUCUUACAUGUCGCGAGAGGAUCAAAAUAUACCGGAACCCCCCUUUGACAGGGUGGGAGUCCGCCUUCCCGCCGCCGUCAUUUGAGAAUGAGUGGCCUGGAAAAAUUCGAUAUUUCCUUAACUUGACCAGUAGCUGGGUACCAUUCGGAUCACAUAUUUGUCCUCGUUUGCACCUUGUUCCUUUAGCCGAUGGUCUUCAGGUCGAGAGCAUUGGCAUUGAGGUCGUCGAGACGCAUGGGUUCGCGCCAAUUUCGUCCUACAAUGGGCGAUUCAUGAGACCAGUCAACCGCUGUAGAGUGGUGUGCGAAAAGUGGUUCUCGUCGGCAAAAGACAUGGCCAUCGCAACAUUCGAUCACGACAACGGAUAUGAGUUCUCUCUGCUAGUCCCACUGCCGAGAUCCGUCCUCGCUUGUGCCCAGGAUGUGCAGUCUUCGCACUUUGACAUUACCCACAAGGUCGUUUUUACGCUCAGAAUCAUCAACGCAGAUGGGCACAUAUCGGCUGUGCGCGCCUCGAUCCCCGUUGCGAUUCAUAUGUACCGAGUUGAUGUCAAUCAAUUGAGAACAUCGACCUUGUAUGCUCGGCAUAUUAUUCCCCCGGUGUAUGGCAAGCACGAAGAAGACACCUUAGUCACCGAUAACGACCUUAUCGACAGGCUAUCAGUCCUAAGCUCGCCCCUUUAUACAAGAUGUUCUUCGCCAUCUGAGAUGCAGCCACAACGAGACGGGGAAUGGGACAACGCAACAAGUCUAAGUCGGACGCUGGGCUACGACGCUGAUAUCCGAGAAGCGCCAUUUCUCGUCAGCAAUUUGCCCCCGCCGUACAUAUCAUGA